AUGUACCUAUACCGAAAUCGCCAAUUUGCUCCAAUCAUUGGGGCCAGACGAGCCAAGAGGACAGCGAUCACAGUCUCUGUCCAGCCCUCAGCCACCACCGUUGAGCAUCCUUUCCAGAAUUACUGGACUAAAGACGGGGGCCUCGCCGAGGUCAUUACGGUGUUGCCGAAAAGAGAACGUGCGCUGUCGUUGGUUGAGAACUUUUUCGCUUCCGUUGAUCCCCUAUAUCCAAUGCUGUCUCGAGAGGAUCUGAUUGCAGAGAUGGAGCACCUCUGGGCCAUGUCGCUGGAAGACAAAUACUGCUACGACGCAGCCAAGCUCGCGCUGCACUUCGUCGUUUACGCUGCUGGUGCUUACUUCGCACCGGAUAUCGAGCCGGACGAACGUGGUUGUAUGGCUGAUAUCUACCUCUCAGCAAGCCAUCAAUCGCUCUGUCUGUGCUCGUAUCUAGGCAAAUUCUCUCUGGGCACGGCUCAAGUCAUUCUCCUCAUCGGCCACCUGCUCAUCAACACGAAUCGCAUCUCGGAAGCGUGGACAUUCUCGGGAAUCUUGGUCCGUCAGGCUUAUGCCCUCCGCUUGCACCGAAGCCUAGACUCUGACCCAGGCGGGCUUUUCGACCAACAUCGCCAGCUCCAAAGACGAAUAUGGCAGGCGGUGGUCGUCCAGGACGUGAGCAUAGCAUAUCACUUGCACUUGCCACCUUCAGCAGUACGAUGCAUUGAGCGCCUAAAUCUAGUCGACCCUAUGAUUGAGACAGAUUUCGAACCCGACGUCGCAUACGAACAAUCCAUGUGGCAGUGGGCGACCUUCGUACAAGAGCACAUCUGCAUCCCGCAAGCCAUCGGCACACCCAUCACCACCAGCGCCUCGCAUAAAACGACAUUGAUCGCCUGCUUCCGCGACAUGUACUCCAACUGGAAGUACCCUUUCAACUCGCAGAACCCCAAGCGUUUCGAGACGGUAGAUCUCCGUUUGGCUCGACAGUUAGUGACUAUAACCAGCAGCUUCUUUGGCGUCUUGACGGUACUAUAUCUUGACGAAAAUCCGGACGCUGGCGUGUUCGCGGAUGUCUAUGGGUCUAUCGAUGCUACGCAUGAGGCUCUGUCUUCGUUCUUUGCUUUGCUGAGACUAUCUCCUGAGCAGAUGGAUAUGUGGGGCAGUUAUCACACGAGGGCGUAUGCUCAAGCUGUAAGAUAUGGUGAUUGA